CGGUCUUUCGCGAGAUCUCUCCAUCUUCCCCUGUUCUACUUCUUAUGCAGCGAAUGGCAGGUAAAGAGCCUAUCAAGGUUGGCAUCCUGGGAGCCACUGGUACAGUUGGCCAGCGCUUCAUCACCCUUCUAUCUGUACAUCCGUGGUUCACCAUCCAUGCUCUCGGUGCAUCAUCUCGUUCAGCGGGUAAAGUCUACGCUGCUGCCGCCAAUUGGAAGCAGAUCACCUACAUGCCCAACGCUGUGAAGGACAUGAUUGUUCAUGAAUGCAAACCGGAGCCCUUUGCAGAGUGUGCCAUAGUGUUUUCGGGGUUGGAUUCAGACGUCGCCGGGGAAAUUGAGAGCGCAUUCAGAGCCGCUGAUCUGGCUGUUUUCUCGAAUGCGAAGAACUAUCGUCGAGAUCCGCACGUUCCACUCAUCGUCCCUCUCGUCAAUCCCGAGCAUCUUUCCAUCAUCGGCCAACAGCAGGCACUGCACUCCCCGCCUCUCAAAAAAGGAUUCAUCGUGACCAAUGCCAACUGCUCGACCACCGCUCACGUCAUCGCACUCGCGGCGCUGGAGAAAGCUUUUGGUCCGCUUGAGACACUCAUGAUCACGACCCUGCAGGCGAUCUCCGGUGCCGGCUACCCAGGAGUUCCCAGUCUAGACAUCAUCGACAAUGUUGUUCCGUACAUCUCCGGGGAGGAAGAGAAGAUCGAAUGGGAGACUCGCAAAAUACUUGGAGGGAUGGAGGAAAUGGAGGGCCAGACCGUGAGCGGUCGGCCGCUGCAACAGUUCGACAUGCAUGCCCAGACACCGCUGAAAAUAUCCGCUGCAUGCAAUCGAGUGCCAGUGACGACAGGGCACAUGAUCAAUGUUUCUCUCAAGUUCUCACGUCGCCCACCGCCGUCCCCUCAGCAAGUAUGUGAGGCUCUGAAAGCCUACCGCUCGGACGCGCAAUUGCAAGGAUGCCCAUCCGCCCCAUUGCAGACCAUCACAGUACACGACGCACCCGAUCGCCCUCAGCCCAGAAUGGAUCGAGCCCAUCAGGACGGCGCUGGCAUCAACGUCGGUCGCGUCCGCCAGUGUCCUGUCCUGGACAUCAAAUUCGUCGUCCUUGCCGACAACGUCAGCAUCGGUGCCGCGACUAGCAGCAUCAUCAACGCCGAGUACGCCGUGCUCCAGGGCGUGGUAUCUUCAUAGAAAUGUAAAUCGUUAGGAAAUCUCAAUCGGAAUAUGUACAGAUUGCUAUUCGUCGUAGGCCCGCAAAUUUCUGUAAAACGCGUGGGACACGUGAUCGUUCCUACACACUUUUCCCAUGAGCGACGAAGCGGCUCUCAAAGCAGCGGUAUUCCAGCGCCUACAUCCUCGCGCGUAUCUCGAACGCUUCGUCUCGGAGAACUAUCGACCCGACGGCCGCUCGUUUGACGCCUGGCGAGACGUUUCCGUCAACGUCGGUAGGCUCUAUCUCUACCGCCGACGGAUCUGCUCUAGUACGCCUUGGUGAAACUACGAUCGUAUGCGGAGUCAAGGUUGAGAUCGCCGAGCCUGAGCUCGACAGUCCCGAUUCUGGCUUUUUCGUACCAAAUCUGGAUCUCCCCGCCUUAUGUUCACCCAAGUUUAAGUCUGGCCCACCCAGCGACGAAGCACAAGUGCUCUCGGAUCGCCUCAACGAAGUUCUCGCAUCUACAAUAGCCCUGUCCGAUCUUGUCAUCCAUCCUGGCAAGGCCGUCUGGGUUCUCUAUGUCGAUGCGACGUGCAUAAACUACGACGGCAAUGUCUUCGACGCGGCCGUCAUUGCGAUGGUGUCGGCACUGCGGAACACUGGGCUUCCUAAAGCCACAUACAACCCGGAGACGGGACAGACGCUAUGUUCUAGGACCGAACGCGUGCCCCUGAAGUUGUCUAAAAACCCGAUAAGCAUGUCGUUCGGAGUGUUCGACUCGACUUUGCUCGCGGAUCCCACUUCCUUUGAAGAACCGCUGCUGGACACCACGUUUUCCAUCGUUGUGGACGAAAACGGGCAGCUGAUGUCAGCUACGCAGCAGGGGCCCGCUCUGGAGAGGGAAGACACGCUUUCCACAUGCAUAACCGCUGCAAAAGCGCGCCGGGGACUUGUCGGCCAGCAAAUACCAUGAUGCUUGCUCUCAAUGCCAGUGCUUUGACUCCGAUUAUGCUACAGUACAUACGACUGCGGUGAUUAGUGCUUGUACAAAUUGGUGUGAUCAUUAGUAAAACAGUGUGAGAUAUAUGCAAGACGGGUAACAACAAACACAUCCGGUCAUGACCGCGCCGCUCGCACAACAUCAGCAAAGUACUUGCGGAAUGCCCUGGCGUCGAGAUCUCGUAGAUUGGUCGUCAGCUCCGCUGCGGUUUGGGGUGGCCAGCCCUGUGCUGGGAGGAACACAUUGGCGAAGAAGGCCUCGGCCUCGGCCCCGCGUGCCUUGGAUAUGGUCUGCAACAGCACUCCGAUUUCGUUGAUCACCUGGCUGUGGCCAGGAUCCUUCAGGUUAACUUCCGGGCGGAACAGAAUCGGAAAAACAGCGGGGAUGAUCCGGUCGUAGAGAUACUGCUCGAAACCCGGCAAUGAUUUUUCUGCAGUACCACUCCCGUUCGUGACAGCCGACGAUUGGCCCCAGACUGUGACAGAUCGGAUGAGGAACAGCAGCGCCGCCCGCUGGCAGGAAGGAUCCGACGUGUCGCAGGCGAUCUGAAGCAUGCUUCCCAUGAGCGAGUCGAAGC